GAAACAGAAGCGCAGGAAUCAUGAGGAGUGGUGAGUUCACUGUCACAUGUUUUUAACCCCUCAGGCACUGAGCUUCACGUUGAAGCAAAUCGAGUGAACCAACCCACAAGUAUUCAGUUUGGGAUGCAGCAAAUGAAUUGAUGAUUGUUCCUGCCAGCGAACGCAGCCCACUCGGUGCUGCGGCGGCUGCGCAGGGCCAACUUCCUGCUGGAGGAGAUGAAGCAAGGCAACAUUCAGAGGGAGUGCCGAGAGGAGAUCUGCACCUAUGAGGAGGCUCGGGAGGCCUUCGAGAACGACGAGAAGACGAAACGGUUCUGGGAGGAGUACGUGCGGGAAAGCAACCCAGCCGGAGGCCUGGAGACCAUGGUGGGCGGAGUCCAGUCCCUCUAUCUCAUCGUCCCUUUACUGCUCAUCGUUUUUGUCGUGGCCGCCGUCGCCAUCACCGUGUGGCGCUACCACUCCCUCAAACGCUCACAGCGCAGCCCCAGCUUGCGGCACUCUCACCACGACCACGUUCUGUCUGUGGUGUCCAUGGACCAAUGGGGGAGGGACUACCCCCACAUCGACCAAUCAGAGCUCAGCGUUCACAGCAGCCCCGCGUAUCCAGGGUCGGAGGUCACGUCGGGAAGAGGGGGUGCAGGCGACCCACCGCCGUCUUAUGAGGAAGCAGUGGGACACGCCGACAUCCACAUAGAGACGGAGCCGCCCCCGCAAUACGAGGACAUUGUCAACACCAGCAACAGCAGGCACGGGAAGUAAGACUCGUGUCCGCACCACCCCAACUAAAGCUCUAACCAACAAGGAUUUCUAAGCUGUGAUGUAGCCGCAGCCUCGCGCCGGCUGCCUUGGCAUGACAAGCUUAACGCCACAGCCAGCCACACUGAUAUUUGCACUGAACAUUUCGACUGAGUAAAUGGACGUAUCGAAGCAGGACGAUUCUGCUGUGACAAGGUUGCGAGCACCAGAAUGAAGGAUGACAAAGUGUUGAUGGGGUUGGACUGUUGCGUUACUGAAGGUCACUGCCAGAUUGAAAUGAUCCUCUCGUUUUCUGAAAUACAUUUUCACUCGCCAGAUAUUUAAAGACGUUUUAUAAAAGACAAUUGCCUUCAUACAAACGCUCCAGCACGCAACCAUGCCAUGUGAUAUUCACACUCACAGUGCCAUACUCUUUUUAUAUGUUAUUGAACCAACCAGGAAACACGGUGUGAUUGAUGCCGUGUUCAGACGCUAAUAAUGACUUUUUAUGUUUAUGCUUUAUUGAAACACAUGGUCGGUGGUAUUUUGUCCUGAUCUUGUCUGACUACAUGGAUGAGAGUUAAAUCUGGAUUUUAUUUAUCACUCUCCUGAAAAUAGAGCCUUAUUUUAUGAACUUCUUUUAAGAAAAAAAAAAGUGGUGAUUCAAGUUUUGGUUUAACUUUAAGGAUGGUUGUUUCAAGAGCAGAUAAAAAUAUAUUUUGCCAACCCUAUGCAGUCAGUCCAACUCGACGACACACUUUGUGAAUCUUAAAGAUUUAGCAUUUGAAGCAGAAGCCAUCUGGAUUUCCAGUCAUCCUCCAAGUGAAUCACGAGUCAUGUGCUGACGCAUAUAAAAGCAUGGUUCUCGGUUUAAACUGGCUCUGCGGUGUCCACCACCUCGGGACUGUUAUCAUUUUGACUGUGAAUAUCUGCAGCUAUCCUGAUGCACCCUGUGGAGGAUGUAUUAACAUAGGUCUGUCGUGAUGUUGUAAAUUCAGAAUGAAUGUGAUUGUAUUUAAGGGACUACGUCCUGGACUAGCAUGUGGAAAGAAUGCCCCUGUAUAUAACUAUGUAUAUAUAUAUAUAUAUAUGUGUGUGUGUGUGUGAAAGUCUGAGGGAGAUUGAUAAUUCAUGCUGCAGGUGACUGCAGGGGCGUUUAAUGUUGUAGGCACUUUGUGUUGAAGCUCAAAUUGAGCCGAAUUCGUUCUGUAACUGACGCAAUGACCCUGGCAGUGUUUGUACACAAUGCUGCUGUAAACUAAACCAAAUGUACUCCACUAACAGCCACUGACAAAUGUAAGACGGCACACUCGAGCACUGACCCUAACACCCUCCUCCCGGCCCCCGGUCGACCUUCGGAUCACAGCACUUGCCAUGAGUCGUGCUGGUUUGUAGCCAUCUUGGUUGUUGUUCCUAACAGCUGUUUUUUGAAAAUGCCUUAUAAAUGUUCAAUUAACGUGAACUGCAAGGGAAUCUAUAAAUAUAUAAAAAAUACUUUAUGUAAAGAAUAUUGAAUUCAUUUUUAAUAAAAUGA